CGAAAUAAAUAAAUUGACAACGCGAUCGCUGUUAAGUAGACCUGCUGCGAAGCGGGAGCGAUAUAUUACAAUACAACACGCGAUUACAAUUUAAGUGCAUUGUGAAAAUAUGUUUUAGUGCCUUUCUACACUUUAAACUGGAUUGAAAUUCUCGUGUUAUACACAUUGUACAUAGUGAAAGUGUAAGAUUAACCUAAACAAAAUGAGUGCCAAAAGAGUGACUGAUUCAACGAAGGUUCCCGUGCAGGAGAGCGCAGAUUCUGGUUAUUUGUCUGGUCCAAUUAGCGAAGGAUUGGAUUCAGGGGCCUUGUCAGGACCUAUUUCCGAAGAACUCAGACAUCCCGAAGAUGUGUCGAGUCCUCAGUCAUCGAGACUGUUGAGUUCAGACAAAACGGAAAUGGAUUCUGGUGUGUUGACGGAAGGGCCUUGUGAAGAGUUAGAGGAUAAAGUUGUGGAACUUCAGGCGGAAUUGAAAAAAUGCGACAUUGAUAGUCCACCUGAAGUCAACAUUUGCCCUGCCUCGAUACCAGAACACUUGCAGAUACCACUUGCUAAUAUUUUCCAGCAGGAUGCGGAUGGUGACAAUGUCUUGCACAUCACAGCUGUUCACGGCUGCAAAGUGCGAACAGCACUGCUCAUCAGGCUGAGCCCCCAUCCAUCAUGGCUCGACAUCACAAAUGACUAUGGCCACACAGCGCUACACCUGGCCGUCAUGAGUGGACAUGCCAUCAUCGCCAGAAUGCUUAUCAAAGCGGGUGCUUCCUUCGCCAUCAGAGAUCACAUGGGGGAGACUCCACUGCACACGGCAGUGAAAGCUGGCAAGCGAGACUGCUUACUAGCUCUCUUAGACCCUGUGCCCAACCGCAAAGAUCAGAGGGCUGUAUUGAACCAAACAAAUUAUCAUGGCCAAGCUUGCGUGCACAUCGCAGCCAAAAGAGGAGAUAUAGAAAUGCUGCACACCCUCGUCCUCUAUGGUGCCGACAUCAACGCUAAGGAUGGCAGCUCAGGUUGGACGCCCCUGCACUACGCGGCGCGCGCCGGCAAUCACGCCGUGUCGCAGUACCUGCUCGAACGCUGUCCCAAAGUGUGGAAGUACGUCUCCGACUACGCCGGACGCACGCCCAUGCGUCUGUCGCGUCGCACCGGCGUACAUGACUACUUCAUUAAGGCGUACAAACACGAUGAUGACGAGGAUUACACGAGUGAUGAGGACGACGGUGACGACUUCUUCGAGACGCAUAAGUCGCGGGCCGUCGCGGUGUGACGACAUUAAGUAAACGACAUUGAACGCGACCGAGCACUUACGUUAUUGUUACGUUAGACUGAAGGGGUGGCCCGUUCACGACAACGACCAAACGUGCAAUCUAAACGUUCGUUAAUUGUGUUUCCACUUGAAGGAUAAUCUUAUUGAAGCCAGACUUUUUCUUAUCAUAUUGAGGCUCUAGUUUUAAUGCUCAACAAUCCUGAGGGUUUUUUAAAUUGUACCUAACUAGGAUUAAAGUACCUAUAAGUCCUGUAGUGUAUACAAUUAAUCCUAUUAGCUUAUGGUUUCAAGUGGAAAGAUAAUUGUGACUGUACGUGUAUUUAUUUAAAUUUACGUUUGCCACGUGCGAACUGUGAUAUUAGAGUUCCGUAUAACCCUUAUUGGAGCCCGUCCGUCUGUCUAGUCUAUAUCGUUAGUUAAUCUGAUAAUGGAUGGUGUGAAUAAGACCGCGUUUUUUUAGAAAAGCGUACGUUUAUUUAAUUAACCCACCAAAAUCGUUGGCUACGUGUCAACGAUUCUUCCUUUGUCAUAGGUCGAAUUUAUAUUUUAAAUAGUAUAAUUUUAUGGAUAUAACUUUAGCCUGACGAUUGGCUAACACAGGUCUUCCGUAAUAUUGUGUGAAGACGCUAUAAUGUAGUUUAGACUUGUUGUUACUAAUGAGCCUACUUUUUUAUAAUGAUAAUUUUGUUUCAAUGGGUGUGUUGAGGUUCGUUGCUGACGCUGACUAGUUGUCGAACGGAACUGUCUACCAACUAUCAUACUGUCAGUUGUGAUAGACAUUUGUCCGAGUGGAAUUCGUUUUUACUGCCAUGCGGCAAUUUAAGAUGAUAAAGAUUCUAUAGAGAUGUAUAGAAUGUAAGAAUCGAACCCUAAUUACAUGUUUUUAUCUACAAGACAUCAGGUCAGCGCUGGUACCGGCAUUUGAAAUAGUCAAUUGUUUCUAUGUUAAUACGUAUGUUAUGUGAGUGUAAAUUAUUGUAAAUAGUAUAAUAAACGUGACAACUGUUUCUGAAA